AUGGCACGACACUUCCACAUUGAUGAUGACGAAAUUAUCCAAUAUUUGAAUGCUGAUAACAGCGGGGAUGAGACUAUCUUGGUAUUUGAUACAGAAGAUCAAGAAUUUUUGGAAGGUGAUGCUGAUGAGAUUGGAACAGAUGUAAUUAUUGAACCACCAGUGAAUGACAAAAAUUCGGGAAGUGACAAUGCUUCCGCAGUUACUUCUCCAGAACCUGCUGUUCCUGGUCCUUCUGGUCACCGUCCAAAGUGGAUGAGGUCAGCUGUUGAAACAAUGCCAGACACAAAUAACUCCUCUCCAUCUUCUGCUACAGGUGCUGCGCCUGAAGAACGUCCACCUAUAACUUUCACAUGGCGCAAGUCCUAUAGACCUUUUCUGUUCAGAGACGACAAGAAACCACAGGCUUAUGGACAAGUUAACAUGGACAAAAUCUCAGAUUCAGAAACUUUGGAUGCAAUGCCAGCACCCCUGCAUAUAUUUCAAGCAGCUGUGCAAUUUGACAAGCUUGUCGAAGAAAUACUGGUUCCAGAAAGUAUCCGGUAUAUGCAACAGAAAGGAAACACUUUCUCCAUUGAACCUGCUGAAAUGAAGGCAUUUAUUGGUAUGAAUUUGGUCAUGAAUUACCAUGUUCUGCCAUCAUUACGGUCCUACUGGUCCACACAACCCGACAUGGCGGUGCCAUAUAUUGCUCAAGUUAUGCCUUUGCAGCGAUUCGAGGCUGUUCGAGCAGCUCUGCAUUUUAUUGAUAACAAUGGUUGGCAUGAUCCUGAUGAUAGAGCAUGGAAAGUGCGCCCACUUAUUGUUCAUUUCAAUGCAGCCUUUCAGGACAUACUCAGCAUAAGUGAGGAACAGUCCAUAGAUGAACAUAUGAUCAAAUUCAAAGGCCACAAUAUUAUGCGCCAAUAUGUAAAAGGCAAACCAAUAAAAUGGGGCUUCAAAAUGUGGUGCAGAUGUGAUGCUCGUACUGGAUAUUUAUAUCAAUUUGAACCAUAUCUUGGCAAGAAAGCACAGCAUGUGGAACAUAAUUUGGGAGAGUCAGUAAUCUUGCACCUUACUGAAUCAUUACCCAGAACAGGAUGCCAAGUAUUUUUUGAUAAUUUCUUCAACUCUCCGAAUUUGCAGUACAUCCUUGCAGAAAAGGACAUACGAGCUUGUGGAACGGUUCGUGCGAAUCGGAGAAAUAUGCCGAACUGCCUGCCAAUUGAUAAAAACAUGAAAAGAGGGGACAUUUCUGCUGCUUCCAGUCGUGGCAUUGCCUGUGUGAAAUGGAAGGACAGCAGAAGUGUUGUGAUGUUGAGCAACUUCAUUUCGCCAAUUCCUACUAUCACUGUGAAGAGACGAGUAGCAGAAUCAGCUAAUAAAGUAGAUGUCCGUUGCCCUUUGGUAAUUCAGAAAUAUAAUCAACAUAUGGGUGGUGUUGAUCUUAUGGCUCAGACAAAGGUGACAUAUGAAGUUGACAGGAAAGCCAGAAUAAAAUAUUACCUUCGCAUCUUCUUUGAUUUGGUUGACAUUUCUGUGAAUAAUGCAUAUAUAAUUUAUCUGAAGAUCAAUGAAAUAUACCAUUUCCAUGACACUCCGAUGAAGUGGAUUGAAUUUCGGGCAGCAUUGGCACGUUCACUGAUAUCUGAUUUCUCCUGCAGACAGAGAAGUAUUCCGACAAAUAUCCAAACACAAAGGCGUACACAAAUGGCAACAAACCCUCGCAAGCCAGAACAUACCAUGAAAAAGACAGAAAAACGCAAAAGAUGUUAUUACUGUGCACAAAAGAAAAUUGAAAACAGAACUGACAAUGACAAGAGCAAAUUGGAGAGCAAGAUGGCCACUUCCAGAUACUUUACACCCACCUACGCAGGCUACUCCAGCCUAAUGAAAGAGCAAGGGUCUCUGUAUAAGGAGCUUAUGGUAAAAGACACUAUAGUUCCUAAACUAGACAGUGAUGCAGCUGGUCAAAACAUCCUCGUUGGUACUCAUAUAGAAUGUGGUGAGAAUGAGGGAAGGCAGGCUUGA